AUGACGAACUUUACCAUCAAAAUCAUCUCCGACAAUGUCUGUCCCUUUUGCUUCUUGGGCAAAGCACGCCUAGAUCGAGCCAUCUCUGCGUACCGCAAUGCCACUCCAAAAGGCGAAACCGACACUUUUACCAUCUCCUGGCAUGCCUUCUACCUCGAGCCUCACGCAUCCUUUGAAUCGGUACCGGUGCGAGAACACGUCGCACAGAAGUUUGGAAGCUUCAGUCGGGUCGACGCAAUCCACGAACGGCUGGCGCAGACGGGCGCCGAGAACGGCUUGAACUUUACGUUUCAAGGUCGGAUCGGCAAUACUAGAGAUUCUCACCGGCUUGUUCAACUGGGCAGGACAAAGGGCAAUGAAAUGGAGAAUAAGGUGGUGAAUGAGAUCAUGAAAGUAUUCUUUGAAGAAGGCGGCGAUAUCACUAGCAUGGACGACCUCAUCAAGGCCGCCGAGAGAGGAGGGCUAGAUCCCACGGAGGCAAAGGAAUGGCUCCUUGGCGACAAUGGGAGGAGAGAAGUGGAGGAAGAGGUCAACGAAGCAACGAGAAUGGGUGUCACAGCUGUACCGACAUUCAUAAUUAAUGAUAAAUACCGGGUAGAGGGAGCACAAGGCGUGGACGAAUUCGUCAAGCAAUUUGCUCGCGCCAAAGCUGCAGAAUGUUAG